AUGCACCUCCACGGCCGGCUCGGCUGCGAGCACGCGUACCCCGACGAGCUCAAGGGCCUCACGCCGGUCGAGGAGAAGCUGAUCUCGCUCAACUCGUGCUACGGCUUCGUGACGAGGUAUAGCAUCCCCGGCGGGCAGAGGCAGAGCGUGAGGGCUGGUGACCAGGUGCUCCCGCACCCGCUAGUCCGGGUUAUGGACGAGAUCCAUGUCUCGUGGCAGGGGGCCGAGAAGCCGGGGCCACGCGACCUGUCGGGCCUCCUGUCGGUAAGGCGGCGGGCGGUCGAGAGGGCGCUCGUCUGGCUUAAGGAGAACAACCCGCUCUACGGCGAGGUCGAGAUCGACGUGGCGGAGAUGGAGAGCUGGGGCGCCGCCGCACGGGGUGCCGUGGUGCCGCCGACGGAGCGGGCCAUGGACGACGAGGGCGCGGUCGAGAUCGAGGAGAUCCUCGUCAUGUUAAGCCAGGGGCGGGAUCCCGCGGAGAGGAGUCGCGACGUCAGGCCCACGUGCGACGACGAAGAGGACGGCGCUAGGCCCGAAGAGGGCGGGGAAGUAAUCGACGAGGUGACGUCGUCCGGCAUGUUCCCGCUCGACGGGCCGCCAGGGGUGGCGGACGCCGAGAAGAUUCGCUUCGCCCGCGACGCCGUCGGGCCCGACGGAGCGCGCGCCCGCGCAGGCCCGAGGACGUGGGUGGGGACGGCGGCCGGAGGGGCGGCGCGCGGCGGCGAUGGCGACAAGUACGAGCCCUAUAUCCAGGUACGGCGCGGCAACGAGUUCGCCGACUCGGCGGACGCGGCGAACUUCGCAAAGGUCGAGGGUCUACUAAAGUCGUUAACGACGCAGAGGCUCGAGGCGGCGAGGGUCGAGCUCGAGGCCACGGGCAAGACCGGCGACGACGGGGUAAAGGAGCUCCUCCGGUCCCUAUCGGUGUUUGGCCACCGGCAGCCGAUGUCGAGGGAGAGCCGCCUAAGUAUGCGGAAGAAGAUACUAUCUCUCAUCGUCAGAUACGGGGUGCCGGCCAUUUGGUUCACGCUAAACCCGAACGAUAUUACGAACCCGGUAAAGCUACGGCUGGCGGCGUACCGCGCCCGCGACCCCGAAGCGGCCGAGGCCUUCCUAAGAGAGCUAGGGACUGCGUAUAAGCGGGUGCGGCUGGCGAUAGCGGACCCGAUGAGCGCGGCCGUCUUCUUUCACCGGGAGAUAAAGCUCUUCUUCGAGCAUUACGUCGACGUCGGGGACGAGUCGGUGUUCGGGCACGUCGGGGCGUACUACGGGGCGGUAGAGACGAACGAACGAGGUGCUCUCCACCUCCACGGGCUUCUCUGGCUAAAGGGCAAUGCGCGCCUCGGCGAGGCGCUGGCCGGCGCCGGCGGCGAGGAGCAGGCAGCGUACCGGGAGCGAAUAAUCCGCUACGUAGACAGCGUCUUCUCCGAGGAGCUAGACGCAGAAGGGCACCACGCUGUGCAGGCGGAGCGGUCGAUCACGGCGCACAUGUCGUCGUGGCUUGACGACGUCGAGCGCUUUACGGACGCGUUCGACGAGGAGGCCAACUUCUGCGCCGGCGCGACGCAGGUCCACACGCAUAGCGCGACCUGCGUCAAGUACUCGCUCGCGGGGGCCGGUCGGCUGCGGCACAACCACGACAUCUCGUUCAUCGCGACGCAGCGCAAGACCAUGGCCCUGAUCUACUACAUCACCAACUAUGCGACUAAGAGCCGACAGCAGAGAGCAGUAUCCCCAGCGCCGACCGCAACGAUAGCGGGGGGAACGGAGCCGGAGAGGAGGCCGCGCGGACCCUAUAAGGAACAAGAUGAGGGUGUUCCUACUAAAGGCGGCGAACCGAAUCUUCACGGAGCGCCCGCUAUCCCAGGUCGAGGUGAUCGCCGACCUCCUGGGGUAUCCGCGGAGUUUUGCAGCGGCGCGGCGUGGGCGUACGUGAACACGAACCAGCUCUACUGGGCCGUCUUCCGCCAGUGGCGGCACCUCCGACUGGCGAGCGGGGUAGAGGCGACGGCGAGCGACGCGCCGGACGAGACGGUCGUCGUCGAGGAGGCGGGGCCGAGGAUCUCCUUCAUCGAGGCCUACCGGCAUAGAGGCGGGCUCCUACAGGGCCUCUGUCUCUACGACUACGCGUCGCUCGUAAGGCUGAAACGGAAUGGCGGAGGCGCCGAGGGCUGCGCGGCCUGGGGCGAGAUACCCUUUAACGAGAGCUGGGCUCCGGGAAGGACUGGGCGCAAUAAGGAGUUCGGCGAGGAAGACGAGGAGUCAUGUCAUCGGAGGGCGGCGGUGCAGCAUCUAGCGCUGUUCGUGCCGUGGGAGGCAUUCGUCUGCGAGGAGACGGGCGACAUCAACGACAUCUGGGCGCGGGGCGGGCGGCGCUGGCGCCGAGGAUCGCGCGGCUCGCGGACAACGUACAGCUGCUCCGGCGGUCGGCGGAGGACGCCAAGCGCGACGCCAGGCAAUGGGCCGCUACGACCGAGGAGGGCGAGCCGGCGGCGGCGGCACGCGCCAACGAGGGCGCGGAGGAGGCGGCCGAGGGGCGGGCAGGUGUACCGCGCCGGCGGCGCAGGCGACGCGGCGCGGCUCAUCGACGUUGUCCGGAACGCCGCCGGCGCGGGCCAGGUAACGGCGCGGUCGGCGGAGCUGCUGGCGAUGACGCAGCAGCUCUGCCGGUUUCAGCAGUCGGCGCUCUCGUCGGCGGCCGAGCUCGAUGCGACGGUGGUGGCGGGCGAGGCGGGGCCGAGGCGGGUAAUCCUCGCGGGUCGACCCUCUCCGGGGCGGCGCUGCCGCGGCAAGAGCAGGAAUCCAGGGCGGCGCGGCGGCGUCGGCGCCCGGGGCCGACCGAGUGCGGCGCUACGCGGGGUGAUGGGCGGCUUCGGCGAGGACGACGUCGAGGUGACGGCAGCGGACGCCGACGCGGGGAUGCGUGUGCGGCUCGGCCCGUCGAGCUCGUUUGUCGCCGCCGGCAGGGAGCUAGCGGGCCGGCUAACGCUUAACGAGAAGCAGUCGAUCGCCCUCCUCAUCAUAUGCCGCCAGCUCGAUCAGGCCCGGCAGGGCGGCGACGCCGGCGACAGCGGCGACGCCGGCCAGCUCUGUCUAUUCGUCGGCGGCGAGGGCGAGGACCUAUCGAGCCAGCUACUAAUCACGGCGACAUCGGGGACGGCGGCGGCGCGGAUCAACGGCAUCACCCUGCACUCGGCCUGCGGCCUCUUGGUCGGCCAGGGCGGCCAGGCGGGGGGGUCGGCGAGGGAGGUAGACGGGGUGCGGCUGCCGGGACAGGGCGAACGCUUCGUCGACGGCCGGUCGCGGAUGGACUGGCAGGAGAAGGAGGUGCUGGUGAUCGACGAGGUCAGCAUGCUCGGGGCGCGCACGCUGCACGCGGCGAACGAGCAGCUCUGCCGGCUGCGGGGCUCGCCGCGGGACUUCGGCGGCAUCCCGGUAGUCAUCCUCUGCGGCGACUUCCAUCAGUUCCGGCCGGUGCAGGAGCGGUCGAUCCUGCUGCCGAGCGCGGCGGUGCCGUGGGACGCGGACGGCGCGUUCGCGGCCGAGCGGCGGCGGCAGCACGAUAAGGCGCACGCGCUAUGGAGGAAGUUUACGACGGUCGUCAUGCUCGACGAGCAGAUGCGCGCCGCCGGCGACCCGGAGCUACGGCGGCUGCUCGGGCGGAUCCGGCGGGGGGAGCAGGACCGGUCGGACCUAGACCUCCUCAACUCGAGGUGCUACCGGGCGGGCAGGCGGAUACCGUGGGAGACUGGGAGGCGGCCCUCGCGUUCCGGGCCCGGCAACGGACGGUCGGCGCGCAUCUUCGUCUCCGAGCAUAAGUGGAGGGACGGCACGCCGACGGAGGAGGAGGCGGUGCUGAUGCUAGGCCAGGGCGACGACAGCGCGACUCCGGUGCCGGCCGUCUUCCUCUUCGUGCCCGGCAUGCCGGUCGUCGUGAACCAGAACACGCACCAGGGGCUGAAGCUAGUGAACGGGGCCGGGUACACGGCGGUCGACGUCAUACCCGACCGGGCCUUCCCCGGCCACCGGGUCUCGGCGGAGCUGACAAUGCACUUCGGGCCGCCGGUCGGCAUGGUGCUGGCCUCGGAGACGACCAAGAUUUCCACUUCGUGGGGAUGCCGUCCGGGACGAUCCUGCUGA